AUCCAAUCAAUACCGCACCAUCUAGCCAAUCGCCCCUGGGCUAACAGUGGCUGUCCGUCUGCGACCCGCCAAGUAGUUCCUUUUUAACGUCGUCGUCCGCUCCGAAGCCAUCUCGACUCUUCUUUCCUCUCCCUCACCCCCUCCAAGAGUCUUCGUCGAACGAUAGCAGGGCCUGCCACUCCUUUGUUUGCGUGUCUACGACAUUGCAGUCCACUCCUUCAAAACCAAAACUUUAAAGCCAAGCCUCCGGUUGAACCGUUGAUAUAGCCCCAAGACCUCCCUCAUCUUCUUGACCUCACCUUUCGGUAUCGCAAAGCAAAGUUGAUCAAGUCGUCCUUCCUUCGGUUCAUCCUUCUGUCACUCCUUCAAUUGUUGAACUUCAGUCGUUGUUCAACCACACCAAAACUCUUUUCGAGACUCCUAGACGGAAUCUCAACUUCAGCAGUACUGUCAACCGCUCACCAGACUGGUUCUGAAUCAAAUCCAACGUCAAGCCCAUUUACAGACACUACCCACCACAGAAAGCUCACCCCAUCCGACUUGUGCCUCUUCACCGAUCACCAUGAAGGCGUCUAUGUUCCUCCUCGGCGCUAGCGCCAUCUUGGCUUCGGCCAGCCCUGUUCGAAAUGCUCUCGAGAAGAGAGAAAUUGAGAAGAGAGAGAUGAAGACCGAGUGGGUCUACGAGGUUGUUACCGUCACUGUUGUUGCUGGCGAGGAGCCCGAGAUCACUGCUCCUGCGGCCACAAAGCCCACUGGCGUUGUGUUUAUGGAAGCUCCCGCUCCCAAGUAUACAGCUCCUUCAACCCCCAAAGAGGCUGCGAAGCCCAAGAAGGUUAAGAAGCCUGCCAGCAAGCCCUCAACCACGGCAGAGGCCCCCAAGGUUACGGUCGUUACUGUCGAGCCCCAGCCUGAGUCUACUAAGGAGACCGUCUAUGAGUCUCCCGCACCCGUCGUUGAGAAACCCAAGACUACCAUGUCAAAGGUUGUCGCUAAGCCUACCAAGGUUGCUGAGCCCGAGGUUGAGGUCCCUGCUAGCGGCGGUGAUGACCUCUCCCUUGAUGGUGCCUAUAACACAGUUAUGCUCGCCUACCACAACAUCCACCGUCUUAACCACUCUGCUUCUGCUCUUGAGUGGGAUGAUGAGCUCGCCGGCUACGCUGAGAACACCGCCAACGGUUGUGUUUUCGAGCACGAUAUGAACCAAGGCAAUGGCGGCUACGGCCAGAACCUCGCUUCAUGGGGUGCCACAAGCGACAUUGAUGGCCUCAAGAACAAGGCUGCUGCUGGUGGUAUUACCAACCAGUGGUACAACAACGAGAUGGCCAACUGGGCUUUCUACGGCCAGGAGAACCCUCCUGCUGAUAUGAACAUUGACCUCUAUGGUCACUUCACUCAGGUUGUGUGGAAGGACUCCACCAAGGUUGGCUGCGCCACUGUCAAGUGCCCUGCAGGAACUGUUCUCAGCUUCCCCUCCUGGUACACCGUGUGCAACUACAACCCUCAGGGUAACUUUGGCGGCCGUUACGGCGACAACGUCCUCAAGCCCAAGGGCGAGAAGCGCGUUACUGUCUAAGCUCUAAGCUAUCUGAUGAACGGAUAUGGCACGCUUCUACAUCGAUCGCGGGUAUGAGGAAUCACGGCCUGUCUUGGUUGGCGAGCACUCGUAUCUAGUGAGGUGGCAGAAGACGUAGCCCCCUAGACCACGUCUACAGCAACUGUUUCCUUUUUCUCUUCAUUUCGAUUCUCAAUGUACGUUACGCAUCAUCGUACUUUACGAUCUUCUUUGCUCAACAUGGGGCCAACUGGCCAUCGUUUUUCUUCUCAUGGUCUUGACUUUACAUGCCUGGCGUCUAUGAAAAUGAUAUCAGAUAGGGUGGAGGGCGCGUAAGGAAUGAGGAUUAACGAAGAGUGCCUGUGCAAGUUCUUUCAAACCGCGUUGUCUCUUCUUUUCAUUGCCUGGUAGUGAGUCAUGUGUGAAUUGACUCUUGCUCGCGGCUGUUUUGGGGUUUUACAAAAGGGUGUUUGAUGAAUGCUUCCUUCAGACAGUUGCACGUCGAUAGACACAAAUGGCAUCAAGGGUUUGCCGACAGGUUCCCGUUUGAUUCGGAAAUUGUGAUGAUACGGUGACAACUUUGAAGGUGAAGUCAUGCGUACUUGAGUAUGCCGUUGGGCUUCGUCAAUUCAUCUGCUUCUUGAGUUUAUGAUGAUUCUGGUAUGCUUCCAAUAUAGGCAAUAGACUUGAAGUAUUUCUAGAGAGGUAAAUGUAAAUAGUGCAUAGCAGUCCGAGG